CUUAGUUGACAUCCAAGGACAUGGCAAAUUUGCAUAGAAAGACAGAUUUCAUGGUCUAGUUUCUGUGGCUUCAGUAACCUUUGAAUUGGAAAUAAAAGAUUUAUCAGUUCUGUGGAGCAUGUUCAUUGUUUAAGCUCUCUCACUGUGUAAAAAAAUUCAUCCUACGUUCUGAUUAAGUAAGUUGAGAUAAGGACCAGAACCCUUUACAUAACAGCCAUCAGACAGAGAACAGGGAUCUAGCGACCAAUAAGACGACCAAAAACUAAAGACCAGACGCAUCCAAGAAACCACCCACUAGACAGAUAUUUAGAGAGCCAAAUUUGUGAAUAUAUAUUAACAAUGUGUGGAUGUGGAGUAAACUUUGUGGAAUUACAGAUGCCCCUGCUGGAAAUGAUAUUAAAAUGGGGAGGAGUGGAACCUAAGCUGGUUGAAAUUGAAGAAGGAACCACUAUGAGCUGUUGGGUUCCUAUAGAAAGUGGCACUAAGCCUGCAUUGGUUUUGGUACAUGGCUUUGCUGCAGAAGGAGUAAUACAAUGGCAAUUUCAGAUUGGUAAGCUGAGCAAGGACUACUCUGUUUAUGUACCUGACUUGCUCUUUUUUGGGAAGUCUACAACUGUGAGCCAGCAGAGAUCUGAGACCUUUCAGGCAGAGUGUUUGAUGAAGCUGUUGAAAAAGUUGAAAGUGGAGAAAUGUGCCAUGGUGGGUUUCAGCUAUGGAGGGAUGGUGGUCUUUAAAAUGGCAGAAAUGUAUCCAGAACUUGUUACUUGUCUGGUUAUCACUGGAUCUGUGAUUGCCAUGACUGAUUCAAUUGGCCAGGCUACUCUCAACAGGCUUGGAUUUUCAAGAUCAUCAGAGCUUCUACUUCCCACUACAGUUAAAGGCCUUAAAGCAUUGUUCUGUCUGGCAUGUUACAAGAAACUCUGGUUCCCAGAUUUUCUCUUCAGAGACUUUCUAGAGGUCAUGUUUAAUAAUAGGGAGGAGAGAGGAGAGCUUCUAGAUGCUCUAAUUGAAUGUAGCCAAGAGGCCCAAGUUCCAUCCCUUAAUCAGAAAAUUCUACUCUUGUGGGGCAAUAAUGAUGAGAUUUUCAAUCUUGAAGUGGCCAAUCAAAUGAGAGAGAAAUUGGGUGAGAACAUAGAGUUUGUAGGAAUUGAAAAAGCAGGGCAUUUAGUUCAUAUGGAAAGGCCUUGUGUAUAUACUAGACAUCUCUUGGAAUUUCUAAGGAAAAACUAUUCGAAUGAAAAUUUAAGCAUCUAG